AUGGAAGACGCCCAGAAAGCCGGUAAUGCCCGAAGAUUAUUUCAGUUGAUCCGUGCGGCCGGUACCCGGAAACCACCUGUGAGCGAAACCAUCAAGCAUCAGAAUGGAACGACCAUCUCGAGCAAAGAAGAACGCCUCGACCGGUGGGCUGAAUACUUUGAACAACAACUGUCGUGCUCACCAGCCGGCACUCAUCUAGAGCGCAAUUGUCAAUCGUGCUUCGUCGCCUUGUGUGGUAACCACAGAGAGAUCAGCCUGACCCCGGUUGUAACGAGACUGUUGGCGUCAAUUUUGUUUCGUCGCCUUACGGUGGCUCGUGAGAUACUGACCCGAGAGCAGCAAGCGGGAUUCCGGCCUGGUAGGGGUUGUGUUGACCAAAUCUUCACACUGCGUCAGGAAUGGCCUUUGCGGAGUGAUGAUGUGAGGCUUCUUCAGGUUUUUGACCACCAAUGCCUCAGAAGCCCUGCUGGUUUUGGAUGGCUGCAGCGUGUUAGUAACGAGGUGACUAGAAAACGAGUAUUUUAUUGUGCCGCAGAUACUUCACUCCGAGAAAGAAUCCAUCACCACCGACUACGCUGGCUCGGUCAUGUGGUACACACACCGAAACACCGACUACGAGUGUUACUCAAAAUACCUUCAGAAUGGCGCAAACUGCGAGGUGGACAACGCACAACUAAGCAGAAGAGCGUGAAAGAGAUCACGAAGAGUUUUGAUGUUGUUGGUGUUGUGCGGCUUCCAGGAUGGGGUCCCAGUGACCACACCUGUGCUUGGCUGGGGACGUUGCAAGAAAGGGCGGUUAAUCGAUGUCAGUGGCGUUCGUGCCGUCAGUUCCCAGAUUGUCUGAUUGAGCGGUUGGAGGUGUAG